AUGUCGAUCAAGCAGCCCCCGGAGGAGCCCCCUGGAGCAGGGGGAUGUCCAAAGGAGGCCCGGGGCUGGCGGGAGCCGCUGUCCCCUCAGGCCCUGAGGGCGCAGCAAUGGCGGCGCCGCUCCCUCAGCACCGCCCAGGGGCGGAGCGGGCGGCCUUUGGAGCCGAGACGGGCCCGCGGCUGCUGCGGGGUCCGCUCGGCCACGGCCGCCCCCGCCGAGCCCGCCGACCCGCCCGGCUUCCAGAGGCCGCCGGCGAUGCUGCGGCUGAAGCGCAAACGCCCGCGGAGGAGCGAACCCUCCACCCCCGCCGCCUCUGCCGCCCCGGCCCCGCGGGGCCGCUCCGCGCCCGCCCGCCGCAACCCCUUCUGCAGCCCGAACAACCCCUUCUCCAGCCCGAACAACCCCUUCUCCAGCCCGAACAACCCCUCCUCCACCCUGAACAACCCCUUCUCCAGCCCGAACAACCCCUCCUCCACCCUGAACAACCCCUUCUCCAGCCCGAACAACCCCUCCUCCACCCUGAACAACCCCUUCCCCAGCCCGAACCACGCGGCUCAGCGGGCGGCGGCGCCUCAGCCCCCGGCCCCGGCGGGCGGGGAUCCAUCGGCAGCGCCCUUCUGGCAGAGCCUGCCUGUGAAGAGAAGCCCCCCGGGAGAGCAGAGCCCGCUGCAGGAGCCGACAUCCUCGCCCUAACCAAGGGAGAAGAGUCCUUUCCCUGCUCCAGCCUGGGCUUCUCUCUCCAUGGACCGCACCUCCCUGCCAGGACCCUGCUCCGGGUGGGCUUCCCAUGGAGUCACAGCCUCCUUUGGCCAUCCCCCUGAUCCAGGGGGUCCUCCAGGGGCUGCAGGUGGAUCUCCACUCCCUGUGGACUCUGUUUUGGGUUUGCAAGGCUGCAGGGUGGGAUCUGGGAGCAGCUGCUGGAAGCUUCCCCCGUGCUCACCCCAACAGGGCAGUGCCAGCCGGGUCCAGGACACACCAAGGCUGAGCCCACCAGAGCUGGCAGUGACGCCUGCGGGAGAAGGGAGUGGAGAAGGGAAAAGAAAGCUCUGGCAAAGAGGGAAUUGCGCUCUGAGAAGGGAGGAGUGAGAGCAGGGCAGAGGAAGAGCCCUGCAGAGCGCAGGGCAGGGCAGAAGGAGGGGCAGGAGGGGCUCCAGGCACCGGGGCUGAGCUUCCCCUGCAGAGCCCCAAGCCCCCUCCUGUGCCAGGUGUUCCCAGUCCAGCAGUGCCAGCUCCCUGUCGCUGUCGUCUUCCCAGCGGGACACCAUGGAGGGGAUGGAGUCUCCCCAGUCGGAAAACUCCUGGCCAAAGGAGUCUUCAUCUUCAGACAGCUCUUGGGCAAUGGAGUCUUCCCAGUCGGACAGGAGUUCUUGGUAGGCACUGGAUUUCCUUUGGGACUGCCCUUCCAUGCUGGAUUCUUCCGACUCGGUCAGUUCUGGGUAGCCACUGCUACUCUCUGGGGACUGCUCUUCCUCACUGUGUUCUUCCCAGUUGGAAAACUCUUGCCCAGAGGAGCCCCCAGCGCUCACCGGGUGCAAGGGUUUGUCCCAGAUGCUGUAGCCGACAUCACCUCCCUGCUGGAACAGCUUUUCCUCCUUCCCAGUGCAGUGGCAACUCAUUUAGUCUUUCAGUGGAAGCAAAAACGCAGAGGAUAAAAUGUAAAUAAAAUAUAAAUAUGUAAAUGACAUGUAAAUAAUGUGCAAAUCAAAUGUAAAUAAAUGUGACGUGCAGAUCAAAUGUAAAUAAAUGUGACGUGCAGAUCAAAUGUAAAUAAAUGUGACGUGCAAAUCAAAUGUAAAUAAAUGUGACGUGCAGAUCAAAUGUAAAUAAAUGUGACGUGCAGAUCAAAUGUAAAUAAUUGUAAGCAACGUGCAAAUACAAUGUAAAUAAUUGUAAAUAAAAUACAAAUAAAAUGUAAAUAAAGUGUAAAUAGAACAAA